GACUAGUGAGUGCCGUAGGCCUAAGUUAUUGAGGUUACACGAUUCGUGAAUGAAUUGAAAUAAUUUUGUUUACUUUACGGGCUACCUACUUACAAUUUCAAUUUCACUCAAAAUAGAGUUUAUUAAAUAAGUUGAUCAAAUUUAAUUAUAAAAGAAUUAAUGAUAAACGAUCUGUUGAGGUUAUGUCGAAAUCCAUUUUGAAACAAUCCCUUGAACUUUUUGGGGAUUCACCAGCAGAUAGAGGAGCUAAAAAGAGCAAACCAGAUCUGAAAAAGACUCAAAAAUCAUCAGAAGGAAAUAAUUUGAAUUUUAAUAAAGGAUUGUCCUUGAAGAAAACAAAAUCAGUUAAAACUAUUGACCAGAUCCGUAAACAGUACAAUAAAAGAAGGAACCACACAAAGGACAAUCUCCGAAAGUUAGGAGCAUUGAGUAAAAACAAAGUUAAUAAGGAGAAAACCACAUCGAUUUUCAAAAGAGGCAGCCGCUGUAAGGAAGAACCUGAAAUGGUGGAAAGCGUUCAAGGAACUGUGUUUACAGAAGAAGACUUUGCCAUGUUUGAACGGGAAUACGUUGUAGACUAGAGUGCGUUAAUGAACUUUUAGAAGGAACUGCGUUCUGAAGAAGACCUUGGCAUGAUUUAACAAGAAUACGUUACAGACUAGAGUGAACUAAUGAACUCAUCAACCUAUGGAUCAUUACUGCUAGCUUGUUCCGUCGCUUUCUUUACGUACUACACUCUCUGGGUGAUAGUCGCCCCUUUUUAUCCGUCACUUGCUGCGCUCUUUCCCUCCGUCAGAUAUGCUUUACUCAUACCGGCCAUUUGUGGAACUAUUUUUGUCGGUUCAUUGAUAGUGUUUACCGUUGUUGCAAUUAAUACUCGGUGACAAAAACUGUGCUUUUUGUGUAGACAUUUUGCUAGCAAUUUUGGAAUAUUCAGUUGACUGCGAUGAGUGAGAAGAAGUGGACGGUAGUGGGUGUAUCUGGGGUUACUUGUGGUGGAAAGACUACGUUUGCUGCGGCACUCCGAGCUGAGUUUCCAGACGCAACUGUAGUUAGUCAGGACGACUAUUUCUUGCCGCCCGACGACCCAAGACACACGCACCUUCCAGAACUGAACCACAUCAACUGGGAGAUCGCCACUGCGUUGGAUAUGGAUAGGAUGGUCAGCGAUAUACGAGAGAUUUUGACCAGAAAUCCUGGAGGCGCACUUCUCAUUCUCGAAGGCUAUCUUAUCUUCACCGAUCCGUUCUUAUCUUCGCUGUGUGACCUCAAGUAUUUCUUCACAAUCUCGCCAGAAGAGUGUCGCAAUCGGAGAGCUGAAAGGGCCAAAGAACCUCCUGAUCCCUCUUGGGCUUCUCUUUGGCACGACAAACCUGGAUAUUUUGAAAACAUUUUAUGGCCCGAGUAUGAACGCAAUUUGCAAGUGGCUUUGAACAUCAAUAGUGACUUGAAAUUCAUCGACGGGACAAGAACUACACAAUCCGUUGUGAACAAAGUGGCUGAAGAUGUGCAACAAGUGAUCAUGAAGAAGGUUUUUGCCGUUUGACGCUUCUUACAUAGCUCAAGUUGUGAAUGUGUAAUUAUUUUGUGCACCAAAGAGUCUUACGAAACUCAGCUGAAUUAGGGCUUAAACUUUGUUGAAGUGAUUUCUUUAACUUUUAUGAUUAACUUUAACAAUGACAAUGAUUAAGCUAUCUUAAUUAGUCAGGAACAGCUGUAAUAGCCAAAAUCUUUUGCACAACAUUUCUAAUAAACUUUAUAUCAGCUGUUUCUUCCACUUGCAUGUCCAACAGCACUGGCUAAAAACAGGAGAAUCUUUCAAAUUGUAUUUCAUUUCUCUUUAGUAGGAAUACAAAGUAAACAACUUUAAGCCCUGGUAUAAUAAAGGAUUGUGGGAUGAAGCUGCCAAAAUAGCUGAAGAGCUAAUACACAGUGAAAGACGGAAAAAGGGUUGGCCAUGGGAGCGGCAGAGACAGUUAAUGUUGAAACCGUUUGUGAGCUGUUAACAUCAAUAACAUUGUCCGUUUGACUGGCCAAUCAAGUGAAAAGAAGAAUUAUUACAUUACAUACCUAGGCUACAUAUAAUAUAAAAUCUAUAGUAUAAAGUAAAACUGAUCCAUAGUUAUAAGUUUAUACAAUCAUCGUGACUUUUAUGAUGUAUUUAUCGUAGCCAUUGAUGUAUUUUCUUAAAGGAAAUAAAUGUUAUGUUAGUUGAA